CAAAUGAGCGGCAGUGCACUGACAGCGUGUGACGUGAUGCGCUCAUGGCCGAGCGAGCUGAAGCAGAACAGGACGACGACGGUCGGAUUCCUGGGUUUUUUGAUUGCGUCGCUAUGGUUUCGAGGUCUCAGUAGCUUUAGGGUUGUUCGACAUUGGACGAUGGUGUGAGCUUGUACGUUGGAUUAGUGUAGCCUGGAUUGUAUUGCUCUUAGGGACUAAAGUUUUAUGGUCCUUAGUCAAUAAAGUACUGUCAGUAAAGUAUAUUGGUGUUUGACGAUCCUAAAGUGCGAUGGUAAGUGAUUUCAGAGGACAUUUUACGUUGGAAUAGUUUGGAUUCGUGAGACUUGAUGGAGUUAGGGGUUCAAGACGAUGCUGCGGGAUAAUUUCUUUUUUUUGAUAGUUCGAUCAGCUGAGAAUUUUUAUGCAAUCGAGUUGAAUCGUAUUCUGAUAGGUCCUGGAGGGAGGGUUCGUAGUGGUCUUGAAGCAUCGAUGCAUGCAGAAGUUAGUUUCGAAGUAUAACACUUCUUGAGGUAUAUUUUUUAAAACAAUUUUUAUAAUAAAAAGAAAUGUAUAAUGCACAAGGAGUAACUUGAUCAUUGGUUCCUUAGGUAGGGUAGAGGCAGGCUGUGUGUGAAUUUCAUCUUACAGCCGAUUCUUUCUUCACGAGGAUUAGAGUUCUAUGGACCAAGGAAUUGAUUGAAAUCGGUAGGCAAGUUUCAGGGUGAUUCGGAUACCCUGUAGUGUUCAUGAGGUGCAAACAGCCAGGCGGAUGCGAAUGUUGGCGUUAGAAGCUCCCAGGCAGUUGGUUUUCACGUCGGUUGUGUUUCUCCACCUGCAGUGCGUAAGCGGUUUGCUGAACUCGUGCUCGGUGGGUGAAAGAACUCGAGCAGUUUAAUUACAUGGAAGAAUUGGACUGCACUUCCUGCCUUGGACGUCUAUAUGUUAAGUGAUUGUCAUGAGAAGAUAUAUCACAUAGCUUUAUUCUUGGAGGUGGUGUUUGGAAGGACUUGGAGGACAGUAGUUCGAAUCAAGAAUUAGGGAUCAGGAGUUUCAGGAACGUGGAAAAUGGUGACCAAUGAUGUACUGGGCGUUGCUCAUUCUUUGUUACUCAAAACCCCAGAUCUCAGAGACGAUCACAUGCAUGUGGUUUCAAUCUGUCUCUUUGUAUUUUUACUAUGUGCGUGCAUUGUGUUUGGCCACCUUUUGGAGGAAAAUCGGUGGAUGAAUGAGUCUAUCACUGCUCUUCUUCUGGGACUUUGCACAGGAGUUGUUGUUUUAAUUUCAAGUAAUGGUCAGAGUUCUCAUGUUCUGAAGUUCGAUGAGGAGCUCUUCUUCAUAUAUCUUCUUCCCCCUAUCAUUUUCAAUGCCGGGUUCCAGGUGAAGAAGAAGGAGUUCUUUCGGAAUUUUAUUGCUAUCAUGUUAUUCGGAGUCAUCGGAGUCUUCAUUUCUUUCGCAGUUAUUUCAACAGGAAGUUGGUAUUUGUUUCCCAAGCUGGGACUCAACCUGUCCAUGCGGGAUAUUCUCGCUAUUGGAGUAAUUUUUUCUGCUACCGAUUCCGUCUGCACGUUGCAGGUGCUCAAUCAGGAUGAGACCCCUCUGCUUUACAGUUUGGUGUUUGGAGAAGGAGUAGUCAAUGAUGCUACUUCUGUGGUUCUAUUUCGGGCUGUUCAAUCGUACAACUUUGACAGAUUUUCACCCUUGGAGGAUCUACAAAUUGGUUGCAAUUUUUUGUAUUUAUUCUCCUCGAGUUGCAUCCUUGGAAUUGCAUCGGGUCUAAUCAGCGCAUAUAUCAUCAAGACUAUGUACUUCGGCAGACAUUCCACGGAUCGAGAGAUAGCAAUUAUGAUAUUGAUGGCGUAUUUAUCUUACAUCUUGGCUGAGCUUUUCUACUUGAGUGGAAUACUCUCAGUGUUCUUUUGUGGCAUUGUAAUGUCUCAUUACACUUGGCAUAAUGUCACGGAAAAUUCUCGAACCACAACCAGACAUUCCUUUGCAACGAUGUCAUUCAUCGCAGAGACGUUCAUAUUUCUCUAUGUUGGAAUGGAUGCGCUGGAUUUAGACAAAUGGAAGACGACGCAAUCCAGUUUCAAGGAAUCUGCGGGGCUCUUUGGUAGUUUGAUGUGCCUGAUCCUGUUAGGGAGGGCCGCAUUUGUGUUCCCUCUCUCUGCUCUGUCCAACUACAGCACAAAGUCUCCAGGAGCCAAGAUUAAUCUUCGUCAAAUGAUCAUCAUCUGGUGGGCUGGACUAAUGAGAGGAGCUGUCUCAAUUGCUCUGGCGUUCAAUCAGUUCACUCAGGGUGGUGAUGCCAAGACUUCAAAACAAGCUACGUCGAUGGUCACUACUAUCAAUAUUGUCCUCUUCAGCACUAUUGUGUUCGGCACUGCAACCAAGCCUCUUAUAUCUUGGUUACUUCCGCCACAUUUAAGAUCAAACUACGGUGAUUCAGCUGGUCUCUCUCCAAAAGUAUCUCUUGAUGUUGACUUCCAUAUGCCACUCCUCAUGGAUACAGAGCAUGAUGGAAACGGAACAAAUGAUCGAACUGUAAUAAGCCAAAUUCUACAUGGCCUUCCUCGUCCACAAUCAAUAGGCAUGCUGCUUACAGCACCAAGAUCAACCAUCCAUUAUGUAUGGAGGAAAUUUGAUGAUGCUUACAUGAGGCCCAUGUUUGGUGGCAGAGGGUAUGUUAGAUUGAUGUCCCGUCGAUCCAUGGAUAUACCUGAGGAAAAUGAAGACCUUGAAGAUGAAGAUCAGAACUGAAUCAAGGCAGUGACCACUGUCCCAGUUACUCGACCUUUCUUUUAGGAAUAGAAUACUGGUUGAAGAAUACAAGCUAUUCAAACUGGGAACUAUUUGCAUCCCUUCCCUGGAUCUUUAAAUAGGGAGUGCCUUGGUUUGGCACCUUACAAUAUCUUUUACACAGAGUCCUUGCACUUAGGAUGAUCAAAGUCCAAUGUUGCUUAUUGUACAACUCACGGAAUUUCAUGCUUAAUAUCUCCUGCUGGAGGAGUAUUGGAUCUGGAAUUUGUUUGAUGGCCAAUUUUGAUCCAUGGUGUAUUUAGUUAAGUGAUAUUACAUAUUUAUUCGAAGA